UAUUUUACCCCAAAAAUUUGUGUGAUUUUCGAAACUGUGCGCACGCUUUUUCUUCAGAAAUCACCGAACCAGCCCACGACCCUCUCACUCACAAACCAGGAAAAAAAUGGAUGCCCUUUUCUCCGAAUUCACAUUCCUCUCAGAUCAGGCACUCCAAGAUAAGAACUUUGAUCCAUCUAAAAUUGAAGAUCUGAUGAAACUCUUUGAAGUAGAGGCUUACAAGGCAUGGGCCGCGGCCGAGCUUGAACAGGAAAAAGAAUUUGAAGAAUCAGAGAAUUACAUGAACGAAGCUGAAGGGUAUCUUGAUUCAGUCAUGGAGAGUGCUAUGGAAGAAUUUCGCCUUUUCGAGGAGGAAAUGAAUAGGGUUUCAAAGGGGGAAUAUGAGAGUUUGGUUAAUGUCGCUGGGGUUGCCAGAAAAAUGGGAAAUUCUUUGGAAAAAGUGGCUACUUUUGCUGCAAAUAAGUAUAUUGAAGCUGCUGUUAAUUCUGCUACUGCUUCGAUGAAAUCAGCGAUCAAAGCGAUUUCUUCUAAUGCCAAGAAGGUUCAUCCUCUAAUAUCUUCCAAUUCCCAUGAAAAAUUGGAGUAGAUUUCUAAAACCCUCGAUUUGGUUUACUGUUCUUGAUUAUCGUUGGAUCUUGUUUAGACUUUUGAAAUGAUAAACUAAAGUUUCCAGAUGCAGGAAAUGGUUUGAGAUUUCAGUACUUGUUCCUCUGAUUAUGCUUGUUGGAGCAACCUUAUACUUAUUGGUUAUAGUUUUUGCCUCUGAUUAUGCUUAUUGGAGCAACUUGAUACUUAUUGGUUUA